AUGGGGUCAACAGAGCAACAGAAGUCUAAGGACGCCGUGGAACACUUCGACAACGAACCUGGGCACGACAAGGAGGAGAAGGGGUUCAAGUCGCAUGAUGCCGCCACCUUCUCCCCAGCAGAGGAGAAGAGACUCCUGCGCCGAAUCGACUUGCGCGUGACGUGCGUGCUUGGAUCGUUAUACCUCAUCGCUCAGAUUGACAGAAACAAUCUCGGGAACGCGAACAUUGCCGGCAUGUCCGUUGAUCUGGACCUCACCGGCAGCAGGUAUUCCAUCGUCGUUUUGUUCAUGUUCAUCACCUAUGUCUGCUUCCAACCCGUCGCCGUGGUGGUGAUCCGCAAGGUCGGAGCACGAGUAUUCUUCACGACAAUUGUAUUCUUCUGGGCGGCCACCGAAAUCUCUCUCGGCUUGGUCAAGGAUUGGUACGACAUGAUCCCCCUCCGUCUCAUAUUGGGCGCCUUCGAAGCGGGCAUGUUUCCCUGCGCUGCGUACAUGCUUUCGAGUUGGUAUACCCGGUUCGAAUUGCAGCAACGAAUGGCACUGUUCUACCUUAUCGGCACCGUCGCCUCAGCCUUUACGGGAAUCCUGGCUUAUGGUGUGUCCCAAAUGGGCGGCCUGGGAAGUGGCCCGGAGUGGUGGGGCCACCGCUACGGCCCUACGAAAGAGAACCCAGACGCCCCGAGCGGCUUUGAGUCGGGCAUCGCUGGUUGGCGAUGGAUCUUCAUCAUGUUCGGUAUCUUUACGCUGGUGGUCGGCAUCGUCUGCUUCUUUCUAAUCGUGGAAUUUCCCGAGAAAGAGCUUGAGCCCAAGAGAUGGAAGGUCCCCUUCCUCUCCGAACGAGAGACCGAGCACGCCAUAUCGAGAAUCCAAGACGAUAGAGCUGACACAGAAGCUGAGGAUUUCACGGUGCGCAAGUACCUUCGAGGCGCCGCUGACCUCAAGGUCUGGGGACACGCGGCCGUUUUCGGCCUGACUACCGUCACUAACUAUGCCGUCGUCUAUUUCUUGCCCAUCAUCCUGCGCGAGGGCCUGGGCUUCGGGAUUGCUGCGUCUCAAUGCUUGACGGCUCCCCCUUAUGUCCUCGGCUGCAUCUGGAUGCUGAGCCUUGGGUGGCUCUCUGACAAGGUCCGCCUGCGUUCACCCUUUAUUGUAUUCAAUUGCUGCAGUUCCAUUCUCGGACUCGGUCUCCUCGGCUACACACACGCGGUGGCAAGUCGCUUAGUGGGUGCCUUCCUCGUCACAGCGGCUGGAUCAGCAAAUAUUCCUGCAGCGCUUGCCUGGCAAGCCAACAACGUCCGGGGACAGUGGAAGCGUGCCCUAACCUCGGCCAUGGCCGUUGGGGCCGGGGGCAUCGGCGGCAUCGUUGGCGGGACUGUCUUCCGAACAGAGGACGCCCCGACUUACCACCCAGGGAUCAUCGCAACCCUCGUCGCUAAUUCCCUUAUGAUACUGGUAUGCGCCCUGCUUAACAUCAAGUUCUAUCGGGCAAAUAGGAGAGUAGAAGCUGGCGGAAAGCCGAUCGAAGGGUUGGCAUCAUUCAGAUACACUUAUUAA